UGUAGCAGCAAAAAGGUGUGGAAGCCGUGACCUGGAACUGAACCUGAGGUAAUAACACGGCCUUCGUAGCAGCUCAGUUCUUUUACAGGAAAAUCUAGAAGAUGCCUCUGAAUUUCUAAGAUGAACAAUGUGUGGAGUUACUUCAGCUGAAACCCCCCUUCUUACUGCUGAAAACUUUAAGAGCUAUCUGGCCUCUGAUGACGUACUGGUUUACUAUUUCAAUGAGUUCUUAAGUCUGCCGUCUUUCUCAGAAGCUUUGGUGUACAACCAGCAAUCUGGACUUUUUGAGGUGGUGACUAAAAAAGCUGACGUUGUCGCCAAACGGAUCAGAGCUUCCCUGAAACAAUAUAAAUCAUUACUGCUCUCUGAUGACCUAGAAACAUUUUCCAAAAUGCCACCUGUACCGGACAUCUGUUUCACUGUCACUUGCCUCAGCAGAGAGGAAGGAACUCGGUGGAUUACGGAGACAAGACUGCCCUUCUUCCUGCAGAGCGAUUUCUACCAUGAGUACAGACUUGCCAAGCUGCUGUUUCAGUGGAAGCCAACCUUUUGGAGCCUUGAUUGGAAAAACGGGUCAGAUGAAAAAGACAUUAGCAGUCAUGCAAUCUCAGAAUUGCUUGAUUACUCCUCUUCUGAAGAAGAUUCUUCAGAUUCUCUGGAGAGUACAUCACCGGAACCAGAAGUUGAAUGUGAGCAAACUCAAAAACUCCACAGCUCAUCUGACCUGUCAGCGGGUCCAUCAGACAACCUCACUGCUGAAGAACAGCCACAGUACUUUGCUAGUAAAGUCGUUGGAGGCCAGCCAGACCUCUCCAGGACAGAUGACCAACACAAAGCAAAUAAAGACAAAGCAAAAUUGGAGAGGAAGAAAUCAACACCAUUAAACAGUCCAAAGAAUAGUAGAGAUAAGCCAGCAAAGGUUAAGAAGAGUCCUCUUUUGUGCUGGCAAGCCUCCUGUGCUGAUGGGAAUAGGCCAGGCUUGGAUGAGUUCAAAGAGUUUUUGCGAGGAACGUCAGGAGAGAAGCUUCUAAAUCUGUGGAUGGAUAUUCAGACACUGAUAGCGUUGCAGACGGAAGAACGGAAAAAAAGAUAUUUAGUUCUGUUGAGGAACUGCUACCUGAGGAGCAGCAGUCCUUGUUGUUUGAAUGGGAAGCUGCUUGCAAGGUUGGGGCUGUCUAACUCCCCCUGCUGGACAGAGGAGAAACUGUUCUCGGUUCAGGAACUACUAACUGAGCCUCUACUCAGCUACUGGUUGCCUCGGUACUGGAUGAAGACGUGUUGCAGACAGCCUGGCAGUCACUCUGAAGAGUAUCUGUCCCCAUUCCAUCAUUCUGCUAUGACUCAGAUGUCUGCCAAAUGUGAGACACCAUUUGGAAGAAGAGUGAAACCGAUGAUGACGUCUCUGUUUUUUGAGUUCCGGACUGGGCUGUACUUCACACACUACUGUGAACAAUCUGGAAACAAGCUUUGGGUAAAUGCAGUUUACUUCUGGACAGACCUGCAGCACUACCAUGAACUGUUCCACCAGGAGCGAAUGGACCCCUAUAGUGUGCAGAGAGAGGCACAGGUCCUUUAUUUCACAUAUAUCUCCAGCUUUGCCAGGAGGAGAAUUAAUGUUAAGACCGAAAUCAGAAGAGAGGUGUACAACAAACUGCAGCCUGCUUUUGAGGAGCUGUUUGAUAGGGUGGAGGAACAUGUGCUGGACAUCCUUCUGGAGCCGUGGACACAGCUGAACCAGAGGGACAAAGAGUUAUUUGAGCAGGUUCCUGUGCAAGAGGAGCAGCGGUGCUUCUUCAAUACAGAGUACAGAGAACUCCUGAGGCUCUGCAAGGAAUCAAAGGAGCACCAGAGACGGAUCAGCAGGCAACAAAAGCAGAGGUCCAUGAAUCUUCCUAUAUCCAUCGAGCCAUUCCCUUCAAAGAGAAACCGAAACUCUGGUCUGUGGUCCAGAGUGGCUGCAGUUUUCCGCGGUUAUCGUCUUUUGACCUUACUUCGUCAGCCUCAAGAGAUUGGAUACUUCAUGAAUUCCUUGGAGGAACAUGAUGCCGGCAUUCAUCUGAGCUGUUGGUUGGACCUAGAGCGGUACAAGGGAAUUGCUAAGACCAACAAGAGCUCCAGACAGGAGAUGUCAACUAUGAUUGUUGAAAAGUACCUGAACAAAGGCUACUUCUUUGGUCCUCGCAGCCCUGCCACAGAAAAACAACAGAAAGAUAUUCUAGUUAAGGCAGGUGGAGAGGAGAAACUGCAGUCAGAAACCCUCUCAAACGGAGUCGCGAUUGCAAUCCAGGAAAUAAUCCGACCUUACCUUGAAGAAACAUGGAUGCCUUUGUUCCUCUCCUCAAAAGAGUUUGUUGAGCGACAGAAAGUAAAGGAAAAGGAAAAGAUUAAAUCAGACGAUAGAGCCGCACAGCUGAACCGGAUCAAAGCAAGGAAGGCUUCACAGAUGAAUACCUCCAGAGAUAUCCUUCUGUUUCGGAGAGCUCUUCUCAACCCGUCCACCUGCAAGCAGUUCCAGGACUACGUCUCUGUGAAAGGAGAGUUACUGGAAAAUGACGUGCGCUUCUGGGUGGAGGUGCAGAGAUAUAAGGACCUCUGCCAUUCGCACAGCAGUAUGGUCACCGUCCAGCAUAAAAUCUCCACAAUCAUCAGCUGUUUCAUCAACUCUUCCAUCCCACCAUCUGUGCAGAUCAACAUUUCUCAUGAUCAGGCUCGGCGUAUUCUGGAAAGGCGCCGUGAGCUUGGGCCUUAUAUCUUCAGAGAGGCACAGAUAGCUGUGUUCAGUGAACUGCUGAAGCUUUGGCCCAAGUUUCAAGUGCUCAGCAGGAAUCUCUCCAAAGUGAAGCUCAUUCCCCUGCUGCAGGAAAAGAGAGCCAAACACAGGGCCAAAAUACGGAAACAGAGACGGCUGGAGGAGGAGGAAAGUGAAAGAAAAUUACAGUUGUUACAGGAGGAACGGGAGAAACAAGAGGCCUAUGCUAGUUUGGAGAAGGAUGAGCUUGACGGUAACGACGAGCCGGAACAAAAAGACGUAUCUAAAAUGCCUCGGAGGUCACGCAGCAGCUUCAGCUUCCAACGCACCAUGAGCAUCCAACUCGACUCCCAGAAUUUCCAAAGACCCCAAAGCUCAUUGAUGAUUCCCGUAGAACCACUGCUGUGGUCAUACUCCAAGUACAUGGAAGAUCAGCAGAAGGAGGGGGAGGAUGUGCUGAGUUUGCUGGAGAAUUCUGCCUCCACAGAUUCAGACUCCAGUAUCCUGUCAGUAAGCAGUAAGGAAGGCUCCCUGGUGCCAUCAAUUCCCUCCACUAGGAGGUUCACCAAAAUGAACAGAAGGGUGAAAACAUGUCCCAACCCUGGGCCCAGGAGGAGCACUGCUAUCUGAACAGGAGUGAAGGCUGAGAGAGUAACUGAUACAUUGAUUAUAAGAAGUUGAAGACGUAUAUUAGAAUAUUUCUUAUUCAGGCCUAAGCCUUAUGGGGCCUGCUGAUUGUGAAAGUAGUGAUGCCCACGGUUUCAAUAUCUUUUUAGCUGCACUAAAAAUAAAGGAAUACUUCAUGUGA